AUGAUUGAAUAACCAGACAUAUUUAAUGAUGAUCAAGCAUAUAAAAAAUAUUUGGAAAUAAAAGAUUAGACAGAAAGAGAAAAGAAGGCAAGAGUAGAUAAAAUUCUAGAUGACUAUUGUUAUAGACAAUUGAAUCUACCAGCAGCUGAGUAUAGAAGUCAAUGGACAGAUUUGAUCUACAGACCAUAGCAUUAUCCAGUUGAGUUAGUUCAUCCUGAAAGAGUGCAUUACACAUCUCAAUUUGUUGGUUUCAACCAAUAAUCAAACUAUUAAUAAAGAAGGUAGAAAGCAAUGAACAAGGUUCCUUAAUAAAUUCAAUAUUAUUAUCCUCCUUCCAAUCCAUUUUUAUAAAAUGCACAGCAAACUCUAAAUUAGGAAUAGUUAUUGCCUAGUUUAAGUUUAUAACAAGGGAAUCUUGGCUAUAAUCAAUAGUUAAUGACUUAAUCGAGUCCUUAAAUUGUGUACUAGAAUGAUCCGAAGUCUGAGUUUUUGAGGAAAUGCGACAAUUUAUAGAGUAGAAUGGAUUACAAUAUCAGAAAUGUUGACAAAUUUUACUAAUAUUAUUGA